UCUGCUCCUCGCUUCCUCUCUUCCUGUUCAAGCCACAUCGUCGUCUGCGUCGGCGGGAGCUGUCGGAGAUUCGUCGUCCGGACGACGCACCUGAACCAUCCGAUCUUCAAUCGCAUCCUGUCUCAGGCCGAGGAGGAGUUCGGCAACGCCGGCCCGCUGCGGAUUCCCUGCGACGAGUUGGAGUUCGAGGAGAUUCUGAAAUUGGUGUCUAGAUCUUAUUCGAUUAGGAGGUUUUUGAAUUUGGGGGAGAUUCAGCGGUGCGGUGCGCCACCACCGGCCUGCUAG